AUGGCUUGGAUUUGGAUCAUUAUUAUCAUGUUUGCUCUUGUGCUUCUCUUUUGGCCAUGGCUGUUGAAGAACAAAGGCAAGAAUCUACCUCCGGGGCCCAAAGGGUUUCCCAUUUUGGGUAGCCUUCAUUUGUUAGGGAAGCUACCUCAUAGAGAUAUUCAACGAUUGUCUCAAAGAUAUGGGCCCAUCAUGCACAUGAAAUUGGGCCUUGUAAACACCAUUGUUGUGUCUUCCCCUGAAGCUGCAGCUCUGUUUUUGAAAACCCAUGAUCUUGUUUUUGCAAGUCGUCCAACAAAUGAGGUUUUCAAGCACAUGUCUUAUGGAGAAAGGAGCAUGGUGUUCUCAAAAUAUGGGCAUUAUUGGCGCAACAUGCGCAAGAUAUGCACACUCGAGUUGCUUAGCAAUCAAAAGGUCAAUUUUUUCAAAUCAAUGAGAAAGGAAGAGCUCAGCUUGUUGAUUGAUGAGCUUCGUGAGGCUGCCAAGAGUGAGGUGGUUGUUAAUCUUAGCUCAAAAGUUUGUUCUCUUAGUGCAAACAUGACAUGUUUGAUGAUCUUUGGCAAAAAAUUUGAAGAUAGAGACCUUGAUGAGAGGGGUUUUAAGUGGGUGGUACAAGAAGCCUUGAAAUUAGCUGCAGCUUUUAACUUGGGGGACUUCAUUCCUUUUAUUUCAGCUCUUGAUCUUCAAGGAUUGAUCCAACGUGCAAAAUGUGUUAAUAAAGUAUGUGAUAGGUUUUUUGAAAGGAUCCUUGAUGAACAUCUUGAAUCCAAGAAUGAGGAUAGUAAAGAUUUCGUAGACGUUAUGUUAGGCAUUAUGGGGUCGGAGGUAACCGAGUAUCAAAUUGAUCGAUCCAGCAUCAAAGCCAUAAUGCUCGAUAUACUUCUUGCGGCGACAGACUCGUCAGCCGUCACCAUUGGAUGGGCAGUAGCUGAGCUCAUCAAACAUCCACAUGUAAUGAAGAAGGUGCAAGACGAAUUAGAAAAGGUUGUGGGUUUGAAUAGAAUGGUGGAAGAAACAGACUUGUCUCACUUGACCUACUUAGAAAUGGUAGUUAAAGAGGUUUUAAGAUUGCAUCCCCCGGGUCCAUUAAUAGUUCCACACGAAGCGGUUAAAGAUUGUACGGUUAAUAACUUCCAUAUACCUAAAAAGUCACGAAUUAUAAUAAAUGUGUGGGCAAUUGGACGAAAUCCAAGUGCUUGGACCGAUGCUGAAAAAUUCUUUCCAGAAAGAUUUAUAGGGAGUCAAGUGGAUGUGAAAGGAAAAGAUUUUCAACUACUUCCGUUUGGAUCUGGUCGAAGAGGUUGUCCUGGAAUGCAAGUGGGUCUAGUCACGAUUCAUUUAAUUUUGGCUCAACUCGUGCAUUGUUUUGAUUGGAAGCUUCCAAAUGGUAUGCUACCAGCUGACUUGGAUAUGACGGAAGCGUUUGGUUUAAGCUGUCCCAUUGCUCAGGAUAUUAUGGUUACUCCUAUUUACCGCCUACGAGACUAAUACGUUGGUGAUAGCAUUGCCCAAAGCUAAAGAAGUUAAAAGGGUGUUAUGGGCUUUG